CUUCCUGUCCCCCCAGAAGAUAACGCUGCAGUGGCCACACAUACGGGGGAGACUCAGCUGAUAGAAGAUAAAGGAUUUCUCCAGACGCUGACCUACGGAAGACCAGUGAAGCCAAACGAGGGCAUCUCAGUGCAGAGGGCACGUCUCAGCGAGCAGGCUCCUUCUUGUGGUCGCCCCGAAACCCCACCUCUAGGAAGGCGCCCCCUCCCCCCGGCCCCUCUGCUCUGUGCCUUCAUCCCACAGAGCCUUCAGGCGCUGCCCACCCCUGCGCACCAGCUGGACCAGGCUCUGCCCUCAAGAGCCCCCCGAAACGGUCCGAGGAAGAUCCCCACAUUUGGCCGACAGGUCCAGCUGUGGGGCUGCAGCAUGGUGAGCCUGUUGAAUUUUGUAAGCCUCCUGGUGCUCGUGAACUCAGCAUGCUUUGUAGACUUACAAUUGGCACAGAAGGAAUCUCCUAUUAUAAAUGUGAAGCUAGAUAAAAGGAAAAAAAUCUUAACCUGGAAUUCCAGGAGAAACAUGACUCAGCAAGAAUGUAUAAUUGACAUACCGUUGGAGGAUCCCAUCAGACCAGCCGUAGAGGUCUCUGAUGACGACACCUACACCUGCACCUUUGUCAGCCACUUGGUGCACAGGGGGGCCAACCUCACCGUGAAUGUCACCGCAGAUGGGCAGGUGUACCAGGAGUUCCUGACAAUUCCCAACCCAGGCAAAGAAGGUUCCGGAGGCACAAACCUGUCCUGCCUUAUCUACAACAUCCGCUUCAUGAACUGCAGCUGGAUGCCAGGCCCAGCCGCACCGGCCGACGUCAGCUACCACCUCUACAUGUGGGCAUCCCUUCACGGCAACGUGUCGGAAUGCAGCUGGUACAUCCUUGAUUCCACGGGGACGCGGGUGGGCUGCCACUUCGAGAACCUCGACGAGCCCCACAACACGGACAAUUACUUCUUCCUGCUGAACGGGACCAGCAACGAGACCGCCAUCAAAUUUCUGGACUCGAUUCCCUUUGUAGGCAAGGAUAUAGAAAAGUAUAACCCACCAGCCAAUGUCUCGGUCACCUACAAUGGGUCCUAUUACAUCGUGCGCUGGGACAACCCCAAGAUCCGAUUCCACCUUUCCCAUCACAUCCUGUGCUACGAAGUGGACGUGCAGAGAAAGGGCAGCGUCUCCAAGGGGGAACCCGUUUUCCAAAGAGGAGAAGACGAAAAUAAGUACCUGCUGCCGGGCGCCACCGUGACGGGGGAGCACGCCCUGCGCGUGCGCGUGAAGCACGCCUACGGGACCAUCUGGAGUGACUGGAGCGCCACCUGCUCUUUCGGCUUCCCUGAAAAGGAUUUCAGAGGAUUCCUUGUCAUCCUGGUCGGGCUGCUGGUGGGGGCAGUGGCUUUGUUCAGCAUGGGCCUGAUGUUUCUCUGUAAAAGGUUCUCCCUGAAGCAAAAGCUGUUCCCGCCCAUCCCGCAGGUGAAGCAGGACCUGGCGAGCUCCUUCAUGUCCAACCUGGAGACGGCCUGGGACAGGGGCCACCCCGCGCCGGGCUCCCAGGACCCCGAGGACAUCCUCACAGUGGAAGAAACGCGGUGCUUUGCCCGCUGAGACCUGGAGGUGCUGGGUCGGGCCCCGCACCCCAGUCCUUACGAAAACGCCGCCGUAGUGGGACCUCUGAUGCAUCCGCGAUAGGACUCGGCGCGGGCCCCUCGCCGGCCCCUCGACCCCGCGGCCCCCGCCCCUAGCAUGGACUCAGUCUGCAGCCGCCGCCCCGCAGGUUCCCGCGCCCCACCCGCGACCCCCGCCCCCCCGGCGCCCGCGGGAUGGACCUGGCCCCCCAGCUUGGACGCGCCCGGCGGGUGGAAGAGGAUGAGUCCCACACACAGCGGUCCAGAUUGUCCGCAGCGGCACAGAUUUGGGGACAGACAAGUCGGGAGUCACCUGUCCGCACUGGGCAGCCCGCCCACAAGGGGGCGAAAUAAACACACACGCGAUCGGGUAUUAGGGCAUCGCAGGGGUUGCCUGUGGGCACAGCUUCGUGGUUCAAGUUCCUGGCGGAUGCUGGUCCGCAGAGGAGGAGGGAGAGAGCCCUUUCCCGGCGGGUGCGCUUGCCGGGGGUGCAUGUCGUGGCCUCUGUGGGUUCCUUUGCUGCUCUGGUUCCUGUGUGUCUUCCCCUUCCAGCAAACUGUGCAUUUUAUCGAGAACCCUUUAUGAACGAGGUUAUGUAACUUAAGGUUACAAUACAGUGGGUCGCCACGGGUUAAGGUGACGCUCCAUGUAUUGUAAGAUGGGGGUGCCAUUCCCUGGUGGCUCAGCGGAUUGAGGAGCUGGUGUUGUCACUGCUGC